AUAAUAUGUCAUUGGGUUUGGUAGAAGAUAAUUGCUAUAUGUUGACUUGGCAGUUUUUAUCAAUUUUGGUUCACUAAUACUUCUUAUCAAACGUUCAAAAAUGGAAAGUGAGUUGAGGGAACGAAAAUCUUACUUGAAGGAAGAUAAGCAGGGCCUAGAUACUAAAGAGCAAAGCUUUAUGGAGUUCAAUAAUAGUUCCAUGCCUCAAAUAUCUUAUGAAGAUGAUACUGAUUUUUUACGAAAUAUUAAACUUCCAGAGUUUGACCCUACUCAUAUUGAUCUUAUCACAUUUACUUCAAGGCAGUUGCAAGAAGUUGCAGAAGGUGCUGAACAGCUAGUUCAUAAAAUUCUUAUGUCAACUAAUAAAUGGCAUGGAACACACUUUUAUAAUCUUCCAAAAUAUUUACAAGAUAAUGAUUUCUUAUUACAUGGUCAUCGUCCUCAAUUAGAAUCUUUUAUUCAAUGCUUUAGGUCCAUAUUCAGGAUACACACUGAAACAGUCAAUAUAUGGACUCAUUUAUUAGGGUGUAUUGCUUUUUUAGUAGUGGCAGCUUACUUUAUUUCACGCCCAUCAAAUCAAGUUUUAUGGAGGGAGAAGCUUAUAUUUGGGUCUUUUUUCUUCAGUGCAAUACUCUGCCUAGGAUUUUCAUUUUUAUUUCAUACGAUGUCAUGUCAUUCUGAAAAAAUGGGGAAAUUGUUUAGCAGAUUAGACUAUUGCGGAAUCACUUUCCUAAUAAUGGGUUCUUGUGUGCCUUGGUUAUAUUAUAGCUUUUAUUGUCAACCCUACAUCAAAUUUGGUUAUCUAACAUUAAUCAUAUUAUUGGGAAUAAUCUGUUUAGUCAUAUCUUUUUGGGAACGAUUUGGUGAUCCUGAUUAUCGAUGGCUAAGGGCAGGUUUAUUUAUCACAUUCGGAUGUUCGGGCGUCGUUCCAGCUCUACAUUACACAAUAGCUAAUGGUAUAUACACGGCCAUGACUCUAGGAGUCAUGGGAUGGGUCGGACUCAUGGGCUUAUUAUACAUCGUUGGCACGCUUAUGUACGCUUUUAGAGUGCCAGAAAGAUUUUUCCCAGGAAAAUUCGAUCUAUGGUUCCAAAGCCAUCAGAUAUUUCACGUUUUCGUUUUAAUGGCCGCUUUCGUUCACUAUUAUGGUAUUUCCAAGAUGGCGGCCCAUCGAUUAUCGUUAGGUGAAUGCGUUUACAGAUAAAUCCCAAAGAAGGAAACAAAUUAAAAGUCUUUAUAAAACAACGUUUUUAUAGCACGCUCUACUUUAUGUAAUAUAUCAUAAUAUAAAUGUGUAUGUAUUGUAUAUUUUAAAAAUAAUUGUGGAGUUCGUAAAUAUUUAGCAUAAUGAAAAAUGAUGCAUUAUUUGUGUAAAAUCGAUUCUUUAACUUAUAUUUUUUAUUCAUUUGCUAUUAUAAUUUUAUUUCAAAUAUUAAAUUUAACAUAAUCCACAAAAAUAAGAUAUAGCCUGAUGGUUGAAAAUUGUUCUAAACAACAUCUAACAAUGAAUAUUUUCCCCUGGCUUUUAUUCGUUUAGUUAUAAUUUUUUUUUAAAAGUUCCUGAUUUUAUAUAACAUUGAUAACAGUCCAAAUUUAAUCUUUAUUUAUUUAUUUUAAACGAAUAAUUACAGGGAAUAUUAUCGACACUCCGUUAAAUCAGAAAUCUUGAUUUAAAAAAUAUCUUAACUUGCAAUAAAAAUGUUAAUAUUCAUCAAAUCAUACCCGAAUUAUAUAGGAAAUAAUUAUUAUGAAUAUGAACUAAUCACGUCAAAUUAUUUUAUUUA